AAAACGAUUUUUUAUAAAGAGUAUUUAUUUAAAAAAAAAUUGUUGAGAUAUUCAUAUGAGGAAGUGCAGUGAAUAGUUGAAAGCGCUUCGGAAGUAAUUCACGUCCAAAAUGACUUAUGAAAUGCAUAAUUAUGCGGCAUUAUUGCCAAUCAACAAAUGUGACUACAACAACAAUAACAACAACAGCAGUAGUAACAAAAUUACAGAAAAAUAUUCACUCCGUCAGAGACAUAAAAGUCAACACAAAAAGCCAGAAAAUGAAUUCAUUUUCACAAGCAGCAAACCAAAAAACGCCAGAUAUUCCGACAAAAAUGCCAGUGGCUGUAUUGCAGUUGAAAGCAGCAAAACUGCAAAAUCCACAAAUGCGAAGAAAGUUAAAGCAGCGCCCCUCUCCAAAUACCGACGAAAAACGGCAAAUGCAAGGGAACGCACCCGCAUGAAGGAGAUAAAUCAAGCCUUCGAAAAUCUACGCAAUUGUGUUCCAACAGCCAUAACCGAUGAAGAGGUAGGCGCAGCAAAUGAGAAGCUGACGAAAAUCACCACACUGCGACUGGCCAUGAAGUACAUAAGUGUCUUAACUGAAGCACUGAAUAAUGAUGACGUACCAGUGGAUGACAUUUUAGAGUGUAAAAAGUAUGGCGAACUAAAUUUGUCAUUUGACGCGUUGCAAUCAGUUGCUAGUCGCAUACAAGUUGCUCAACCCGAAAAGACUUUGAGUAAACCUACAAAAGUGCAGAAUAAAAAUGUUGCAAAAUUACCCGCUAACAGUGUUUGUCGCAAGAACUUAUCGAAACGACGUCAAAGGAAGCAAACUCCAAGGCUGGUCGAUAUCCAUGAAAGCAACAAAUCCAAAGCAAACAGAAAUGUGAACAACGUCAACGAUUCCAAUUACACACAAGCGAAUACUAUUGCUGACUUAACCAAUUUGAUGCUGGAAUCUGAUGGAGAGUCAUUGCAUUUGUCAGAACAUUGCUUAAGUCCUUUGCAGGCCAACUAUAUUAACUUGCUUGAAUCAACAGAAAUGGCAACUGAUUUAGUUGCCAACCUAUUCAGCGGCUAUGAAAGUCAACCAUUUGAGUUAAACCUUCGACUGUUGGAAGCUAAUGCUGGUUCGCUAGAUAUACCAAUGGAACAGCAAUUACCAUUGUGUAGUCCAAUGGCUAUUUUGGAUACUUUUGACGAUUUAUAUGACUUUCCAAUACAUAGUUCCUUAGAUUUGUUUUCAACAUGACCAAAUCUGUUAACUUAAGUGUAAUUCUCAUCAUUCAAUU